CCAGGUUUGAAGGUUUAUGUUUCUUGUUUUUUUACUUGUUUCUCCUCUCGUCAUUCAUGGCUCAAGAGAAAAACUUCUUUGCUCUCUUGACCGACCAAGAAUCCGAAGAUGUAUCAAAGCUCAUUGAUAGCCUGAAAGUGGAAGAGCCCUCGAAGCCGGAUGCCUUGGAUAACAAGAAAGAGCAAAAGCCAACGCACAAGUUUCAGAAUAUGGAUCCUCGAAAGAUGCUGGGCAAACGUAUUAUCCUUCCCAGGCAUGUUUUGAGAUCUUUCCUUGGUCUUAGGAAGGAAAAGAAGGAAGAGCAAAAGCCUGAAGGAAACAGCAACGCAAAAGAACCAGGAGAAAAAGAAGGCGAGAUUAAGGCUUCAAGUGCAACCAACAACAAUGGACAACAACCAAGCAGUGGAAACGGUGCAAAUGCCAAGAUAGAAUGCAAGAACUAUCCUGAUAAUCACCAUAAUCAUGGUUAUCAUCACGGUCAGAGAGGCUAUGGAGUUGGCAAUGGGUAUCAGGGUAACUAUAGGAAUUACAGCUAUGGAGGUGGUGAUGGAUAUCGGGAAAAUUAUGGCACUCCUCCUGGGUAUCAGGUGAAUAAUAAUGGUGGUUACCGUGGUGGUAGGCGGAGUAUAAGAGGAAAGGGAUUUCAACAAAGGAGGAAAUUUUAUGAGGAGCAAGCUCUUGCUUAUGCUAAUAAUCAUCUACAUCAACAAGAAUUUGAUUUUGGAAAAGAAGAUCUACAAUAUUACGGUGGUUAUAGAGGUCAAGGCCAUCAAGGAUAUUACAGGCGUGACGGAGGUGAAUGCUAUAACAAUGGAAAGGUUUACUGUGAAGUGGAUGGUGACAAUGAAUAUAACAAUGAUAAUAGCAAGAAUGACAAUAUUGCUGUUGUGGCUAACGAGGGGCAAGAAGCUGCUGCGUCUAAGAGUGGCCACAGUGAGGAAGGAAAUGGUGAUUAUCAUGGUGACAAGAAGUCCGAAAUGAUGGAGAGAAAGAGCAAGGGAUUUGAAGAUAAAUCUGUGAUCAAGGCUGAAGAGAAAGAGAAAGUGAAUGAUGGGAAGAAGUUAAUGACUCUUAAAGAGUAUGAAGAGUCUCUUCUUGAAAAGAAGAAACCUGUGGAAGCACUGAAGAAGGACGUGGGGAGAAAAGUUAUGGCAGAUAAGGAAUUCGGGUCGAUGCAAAUGAUUGGGAAAAAGAAAGAGGAGAAGAAAUAUGAGACAAAGAGGAAAGAUACUUGUCACAGCCUCGAGGAAGAGAACGUAAUUCGCAAGUCAAUGAGCCUUAACGAAUUCCUAAAACCAGCUGAGGGAAGGGAGAAGAAUAAGCAGCAACAUGGUGAUAGAGCCCAUGGGCAGAGACCUUAUGGCAGAGGCUAUUAUGAUCAGAGGAAUUAUGGAAGGCAAGAAUGGAAAAUGCCUUUGUAUGGUGGCUGUAGGCCCUAUAAUAGAGGGAGAGGCGAUGAUUAUAGUCCUCAGAUUGAGGACCUUAGCCAGUUCCCUGUGCUGGGAAGAAAUGGGACUGCAUAA